AAGCUCAUUGCUUUUGUCGUAAUUUAUAGCUGCAUACAUGCUGCUUCUUUCUGACUUCCAUUUUUGGCUAUGGCCAAAAAAUUGCAUACAUGCUGCUGUCCUCGUAUAAUACAGUCUUCAUCAAAAUCAAUCACACACACAAGCUGCCGUUGGAUGUACGAUGCAAAAUCAUUUUAUUGCAUUCAAGGUUCAAUUCAAGGGAAACAAUGGGCAGCCAUCCUUGAUACCAGAGUAUGACCUUGGAGGAGAAGGGGACCUGUUCAAGGCUCCACAGCCCAUAAUUGAGGAACCGCUGCGUACCCUCGACUCGGUCGCGGCUGCCAUCUCGAUAACGUCCUGCUAUGAGAAUACAAUGGAUGACACCAUCCAGGUUUCAGACAUGGGUUUGAGUGAAGUGAUGUACGAGUGCGAGAAGGAGCUCAUGGAGAGGUCUGUGAUCGAAGAGACGAUAUCCGAACUUCUAGACGCCAUCCCUAUGUUACAAGUUGGGAAGGUCCCCGGAGAACUCAGGGCAUCACCUUUAGCCAGUGAAUGCUCACUCCAGAAGAGUGUUAGCUCUGAAUGCCUCAACCCGGCCGAUUGGAUGAAUGGGUCAGUGAGGCCAAAUUUCUUGGAUUUCCAAGGGCUCGACUUCAAGGCGGCAUUCGAGCUGAGGAAGAAAUGGAAUCUUGGUGCCAAUACCCCUGGGCUUGUAACCAUCAGUGACCUAAAAACUGAGGAAAGGAAGCAGAAGCUCUCUAGGUACAGGAUGAAAAAGUUCAAGAGAAACUUUGGCAGAAAGAUCAAGUAUGCUUGCAGGAAGGCUAUGGCAGACAGCCAGCCAAGAACGCGAGGGAGGUUCGCCAAGAUGCACCGUGGCGACAUGCUCAAGCCGAGCAAGUAAAAUAAUGGGAAGAUCGCUGAGGUUGCUGCGAAGCUGAUGAGGAUGUUAGAGUUAAUCUUGUCAAAAGAUCUGUUUUGUGUACUAGGACAGUCUGAGCGUGCAUGUGUGCACGUCGCAUAUUCAGUAGUUUGGUUUAUUAGUAGGUGCAUUAGGUGUAAGCCAAGUACAUGUGGUGUGGAGGCCUUUGAGAAGCAGCCGGAUCACGCAUGGAGAGCCUGCAUGCAUAGUUAGUUAGUGAGCUAGCUAAAAGCUUGGUUCAUGUGUGUGUCCAGGUCGUGUGUGUAUUCGAGAUACAAAAGAGAAA